AUGUCGUCAGAUUCUCAUAACAUCUCGUCCUCGACCCCGACGAAUCACCAAUCGUCCUCGGCUCCUCAGCAUGCCAACAUAAUCCCGUCAAUUUCGUCCAACUCCAAUACACCCCAAACAGUGCCUUCGCAGUACUCCCAGUACUCCGUCCCCCACUAUCAGUACUCCCAGUACUCGGGCUAUUCGCAACCGCAAUCCCAAUCAUCCAGACCGUAUGACUACUCAAUGACCAAUUCUGGUUACACGCAAGGGCAAUCCACCCAGUCGACUGCUUCGCAACAACAACAAUACGGGUUGCCUUUGUAUCCUAACUCCCAGUUUUCCUAUUCUCACCAUCCUCAGGAUAAUGAUUACCACCAGACAGGUCACCAGCAGGCCCAGCAGGCCCAGCAGUACGUGCAGCCAUUCUCCUCGUCGUCUUAUUCCAGCUACUAUCCGCAACAGGGUUACCAGUCUCAGCCACAGGCCACAAAUUCUGCGCAGCAGCCUGCUUACGCUUCAGCCUACAGAAACUACCCUUCGUCCUCUGCUUAUCCGUUGUACUCCGGUUACCAACGACCGGGGUCUACCACCUCUUCGCUGCCUCUACCACCUGCCUCGAGUAUCAACCCGUCGUCCAAGCCUAGUGUCAGCUCAAGCACCGGCUCCCAUUCGAGAAAUAGCUCGGUGAAUUAUCCUCCUGUGAGUCCGUCCGUGGGACAGGUGCAGCCGCCAGGAAUCCGUCCCAAGAUCACAACCACCAUGUGGGAGGACGAGAAGACCUUAUGUUAUCAGGUCGAGGCCAAUGGCGUCAGUGUUGUCCGUAGAGCCGACAACAGCAUGAUCAACGGUACCAAGCUGCUCAAUGUGGCCAAGAUGACCAGAGGUAGAAGAGACGGUAUCUUGAAGUCGGAGAAGACUAGACACGUGGUGAAGAUUGGCUCAAUGCAUCUGAAAGGAGUUUGGAUCCCGUUCGAAAGAGCACUAGCUAUGGCUGAGAGAGAAGGAAUUGUCGACCUUUUGUAUCCAUUGUUUGUGAAAGACAUUGAAAAAGUCAUCCAACAGGGCACUCCAACCAGCCAGGUUGGCCAACUCUCGCUCUCCUCAAAGCCUUCGCUCUCUGCUGCUCCUACCUCUCAUACAUCUGCUGCCGGAAUCUCAGCUGCCAGCCAGUCUGGCUACUCUUAUCCAACUUCGACUCCUCAGCAACCGGGAUCUAGCUAUUACUAUAACGGCUACUACGGCCAGCAACAACCACAGUCAAACUCUGUGGCCGCCCCACAGUCUCAGUACCAGACCAGCUACCACUACGCGGGAGCAACGUCGGGUCAAGGCGCGGACGAAAAAUAA